AGAAAGGGAGAGAGGAAGAGAGAAAGCGAGGAUAGGCGGCGUGGAGCCAGCCAGCCUCUGCCUGGGCUCUCCUGAGCCACCAGAUCCCCCAGGCAGCCUGGACCCCUGGGGCCCCGAGAGCUGCCCUGCGGAUGGGCACCAGGGCAGUGGUCAUGCCCCACCCUGUGUGGGGGCUGCUGGGCUGCUGUUUCCUCUGCAGCUGGGCUCUGGCGGGUCCGCGGCCCCUCCGCUCUCUGCCACCUCUGUCCCCCCAAGUCGAACUGGGGUCUGUGCCCAUGGGGGUGCCCCCAGAGGGGGCUGAGGCAGCCCUGGCUUUUCUCUACUCUGGAGAUGCCCAACAGCUGUCGGGGGCUAAUUGCAGUGAGCGCUACGAAGCCCACGGCGCAGGAGCCAGACCAGGGCUCCCCCCAGUGCUAUGGAGGGCAGCAGGCAUCCUUGCCCAGGCCGCUAAUUUCCUCAACAUGCUGCUCCAGGCCAAUGACAUCCGCGAGUCCAGUGUGGAGGAAGAUGUGGAAUGGUACCAGGCACUGGUCCGCAGCGUGGCCGAGGGGGACCCAAAGGCAUACCGGGCUUUUCUGACCUUUGACCCUCCACCAGGGGCCAGCCACCUGCCCCUGGCCCUGCAGGCCACCCGGAAGGGGGAGGAGACUAUCCUUCAGGACUUGUCUAGGAGCAGAGCACAGGUGGAGAGCCCAACCGGGACCCCGGACACCUCUGCCCUACAGAAGCGCGUGCUGACCAAUGACCUAGGGAGCCUCGGCAGCCCCAAGUGGCCGCAGGGGGAUGGCUACGUGGGGGACAUGCAGCACGUGAAGCUGUCUCCUCCCUUCCUGGAAUGCCAGGAGGGUCAACUCCGUCCUGGCUGGCUUAUCACACUUUCUGCCACCUUCUAUGGACUCAAGCCAGACCUCAGCCCAGAGGUCAGGGGGCAGGUGCAGAUGGACGUAGAUCUUCAGAGCGUGGACAUCAAUCAGUGUGCCAGUGGGCCAGGCUGGUACUCUAACACACACCUGUGUGACCUCAACAGCACCCAGUGUGUCCCCCUGGAGAGUCAGGGCUUUGUCCUUGGCCACUACGUCUGCCGCUGCCGACCUGGCUUCUACGGGGCAGCCCGCUCUGGGGGAUCAGAAGACGGUGCUGCCCAGCCUCCUGGGCAAUUUGGCUCCCCUCGCGGCAGCUCGGGGAGGCUGCUGCGGUGCGAGCCGUGUGCUGAGGGCUGCCCCAGCUGCAUGGACGCCACGCCGUGCCUGGUGGAGGAAGCCUCAGCCCUGCGGGCGGCGGUGCUGGCCUGCCAGGCCUGCUGCAUGCUGGCUGUCUUCCUGAGCAUGCUAGUGUCCUACCGCUGCCGCCGGAGCAAGAGGAUCCGGACCUCUGGAGUUGUCCUGCUGGAAGCCAUCCUUUUUGGAUCCCUGCUGCUCUACUUCCCUGUCUUCAUCCUGUACUUCAAGCCCAGUGUAUUCCGCUGCAUCGCUCUCCGCUGGGUCCGGUUGCUGGGUUUUGCCACUGUCUACGGCACCAUUAUACUCAAGCUUUACAGGGUGCUCCAGCUGUUUCUGUCUCGCUCGGCCCAGCGGGGCCCCCACCUGAGCAAUGGGCGGCUGCUGCAGCGGCUGGGACUGCUCCUGCUGCCCGUGCUGGGCUUCCUGGUGGUGUGGACAGUGGGGGCCCUGGAACGAGGCAUCCACACCCCCCUGGUGACCCGAGGCCACACUCCCACGGGCCGUCACUUCUACCUCUGCCAUCACGACCACUGGGACUACAUCAUGGUUGUGGCCGAGAUGCUGCUCCUGUGCUGGGGCGGCUUCCUCUGCUACGCCACGCGGGCCGUACCCUCCGCCUUCCACGAGCCGCGCUACCUGGGCAUCGCCCUGCACAAUGAGCUGCUGCUCUCUGCCGCCUUCCACGUGGCCAGGUUUGCGCUGGCUCCCUCCAUGCACCCAGACUGGACCCUGCUCUUCUUCUUCUUCCACACCCACGGCACCGUCACCACCACACUGGCUCUGAUCUUCAUUCCUAAGCUCCAGAAGCCGGGCACUCCUCCCCGAGAGGAGAUGGUGGGUGAGGUGUAUGAGGACGAGCUGGACCUGCAGCGCUCGGGCUCCUACCUGGACAGCAGCAUCGCCUCAGCCUGGAGCGAGCGCAGCCUGGACCCCGGAGACAUUCGGGAUGAGCUGAGGAAGCUCUACGCUCAGCUGGAGGUCCACAAGACCAAGGAAAUGGCUGCAAACAACCCGCACCUGCCUAAGAAGCGGGGCGGCUCGCGCCAGGGCCUGGGCCGCUCCUUCAUCAGGUACCUGGCCGAGUUCCCCGAGGCCCUGGUCCGGCAGCACUCCCGGGACUCGGGCUCCCCCAGCCGCAGCAGCCUGCCCGGCUCCUCGCGCCGCCGGCUGCUCAGCUCCAGCCUCCAGGACUCCAAGGGGCCCCCCGCCCUGCGCAAGUCCCGCAGCACCUAUGACCACGACCGCCAGGACCACCGCCAGGAGCAGGACCCGCCGCUCCUUGACUCGCUGCUGCGCAGGAAGCUGGCCAAGAAGGCCUCGAGGGAAAGCAGGGAGAGCCAGGAGUCGGUGGAGGGGCCCCCUGCGCUGGGUUUCAGGUCAGCCAGCGCCCACAACCUGACGGUGUGCGAGAGGCUCCCCAAGGCCCGGCCCGCAUCCCUGCAGAAGUCGCUCAGUGUGGUGGCGGGCUCCAGGGAAAAGGCCCUGCUCGUGGCCAGCCAGGCCUACCUGGAGGAGACCUACCGGCAGGCCAAGGAGCGAGAGGAGAGAAAGAAGGCCGAGGCAGCCUUGGCGAGCCCAGUGAGGAGGCCGUCGGCCAGGAGGCUGGAGCGAGCUCAAGGGGCCCCCCUGUCAGCCCCACCCUCCCCGGCCAAGAGCUGCAGUGUGGACGGCUCCCACACGGCCGCUGGGAGGCUUCAGGAGGAGGCUGCGAGAAGGCUGCCUCACCCACCGGUCCGGCACCAGGUCUCCACACCCAUCAUGGCCCUGUCUGGAGCCUGGCCCGGAGAGCCAAGGAUGCUAUCCCCCACCUCCACCUUGGCUCCAGCUCUGAUGCCAGCUCCAGCUCCAGCCCCAGCCCCAAUCCCAACCCCGGUCCCUGCCCUGGCACCAGUCCCCAUACCCCCGCAAAGCCCCAGCUUACUCACCUUCAUCUGCCCCUGGGAGAAUGCAGAACUGCCAGUCAAGAAAGGAAGCGUGGCUCAAGAAGGCCCCUCAGGGCCAGAGCGAAGCACCCUCUCCCCUGCCCCAGCUCGGGCCAAGCUCUGGAGAGCCCUCUCUGUUGCAGUCGAGAAAAGGGGCACUGGGGAGAGUGCAGUGGACACAGAGGAUGGGCGUCUCCAAGGGGGAGCUGAUGAGGGGGACGAGGACAAGCCCAAGGUCUUCUCGAAAUCCCACAGCCUCAAGACCCCUGCUCAGCAGGGUUCCAUGCACAGUCUAGGCCUGGCUAUCAAAGCUCUGACCCGUUCUCGGAGCGCUCACAAAGAGAAGGAGAGCGGAGAAGGGAGUCCUGAGACAGAGGAGAAGGGCAGAGCUGCAGGAGAGGGUGUGGGGGCAUGCCCCAGAUCCCCCAGGCUAGGCCGGCCCAAGGCGGUGAGUAAGCAGGCCGCCCUUGCACCCUGUGACGAUGAGGAGUCCCUCCAGAACCAACAGAAUGCUCACACUAGCAGAAUGCUUCAAGUCUGCCACAGGGAGGGUGCCAGGGAACAAGAAGACAGGGGCAGGAGGACAUCCCACAGUCUAGGGGAGGGGAAAGUAGACAGAGCAGGUAAAGCGGGGUCUCCUACACUGAGACAAGCCCGGCAGGGCACAGAUGGCGACAAAAGUGCUGAGAGAGCAAAAGAAGCCCCUGUUGGGUGGCAGGAACUGCCCAAAACUGGCCUCCAGCCCCUGGGUGGUGCUGACCGCGGGAUGGCAGAGAUAUGCCCCAGGGAAGUCCCUGAGUCAGAAGCGGGACAGCCUUACCAUGGCUACAAGGCCCAGAUCUGCCCCUGGGAGGUGAGCGGAGGGGCCCCUGAGAAAGGGGCUUUACGACAAGAACUAGAUGACUCCCAAGACAGAGGGAAAGCCUCGGAAAAGUCAGAGCCCCAAAAUGUGGCUGUUGUUGCUCGGAAAAGGCCAGAGAGGCUGGUCAGGGGGCAGGAGGCCGUGUGUCCCUGGGAGGGUGCCGAUCCCGGGAGUCCGUCCCCUCAGUCAGCCUCUCAGGACUCUGACAGAACCAGGGGCAGGUCUGAGGCAGUGGGCACGAGAGAAGCUAGAGAGGUGGAGAAGCAUCAGCGGGAAGCCACAGGCCCUGACAUUGCCAAGGCAGAACUCUGUCCCUGGGAGGCAUGUGAGGGACAGAAUGGGAAACCAUACCAGGAGGGAGGGAAGAAGCUUCCCCAGGAAAAGUGGGAAACCUCCAAGAAAGCAACCUUCUGGAAAGAACAGAAACUGAGUGGAAACUUGGAGUCUUUCUGUCCAUGGGAGAGGACAGACUUCCGGGGCCCCUCAGCAGUCUCUACUCCGGCCCCGGGAACCCCUGGGUGCUCCGGGAGUUUGGGUAGUAGCAUUUCGGAGGUGUGUCCGUGGGAGGCAGGAGAUGCUCCUAUCAGGAAAGCAGAGAUCUGUCCCUGGGAGCUGGGUCAUGAGGUAGUAGGGAAGGAAAUGCUGAGUCAGGGGACAGGGGGAGAAUUUCUCCAGGAAAAGGGGAAAGCCUCCAGAAAAGGGCUCUUUGGAGAGAUGGCAGAACAAACUGGGAAAGCGGUGCAGAAAAGUGGUCAAGAGCAGGAGUCAGUGUGUCCCCAGCACAGCUCAGCCCCUGGGCCCUCCAGCCCAUGUCUAGAUAAUUCCUCAGCCAAAGCUGGUGGCCAGCUCCUUAGCAACAAAGGAAGCAGAGCAAUGCAGGUAGGUCCCCGGGAAGAUCCCGGGCCACAGCUGAAGGAAGUAACACCUGCCAGGGCAGAACUCUGUGCUUGGGAGGUAAAUGAAAGAAUAAGAGAGGACUGGACAUCGGGCCAGACAGCCAAAGCAGGAAAAUCUCAAAAGGACAAGGAGAAAGCGCCUGGAAUGUCAGGGAUCAAAGAUGGCACAGCUGGGGAAAAGCCCGAGGGACAGAUCCAAAAGCGGGAAGCAGUCUGUCCUUGGGAGAAUGUGGACCCUGGCAGCUUCUCCCCCCAACCAGGUCCUCAAGACACAGACGGACCCAGAGCCAGUUUCCACAUGUCGGGCAGCGUGGGAAGCAAACCCGCCGAGAUCUGUCCAUGGGACACGGAGGACACUUUGCCUGCUGAGAAGGCUGAGGUCUGUCCCUGGGAGGUGAGUGCUGGAGCAGGGCAGGAAAGGGCUUUGGGAGUUGAGGCCAUUAGGAAAUUUCCAAACGACACAGGAAAGGCUUCUGCACAUCCUGGACCCAGUGAGACAGCUGUUACGGCUCCAAAGAAGCCAGAGAGGCCAGCCUGGGAGCGAGAGAUGGCCUGUCCCUGGGAAAACUUGGAUCCAGGCGGCCCCUCUUGGCAUUCAGACACGCUGGGCACAGACAGACCAAAAGCUGGAUUCCAGGAACUGGACCACGUGGACUGCAGGGCAGCUGAGGUGUGCCCCUGGGAAGUGGAGAAAGCGCCGACCAGUGAGAAAGCCAAUAUCUGUCCCUGGGAGGUGAAGGAAGGAGCCGCUGGGAUGGGAUUGGAACAAGUGAGGGGCAGUGACUCAGCACGGCAGGGGGAGAAAACUCUAGAAAAGGACAGACUCACCUCCCUGGGAGAAGACACAUCAAAAUGGGAGACAAAACUGAGUCAAGGGCAGGAAGCUAUUUGUCCUCGGGAGAAGGACUUGAGGGAACCUUCUGCACCGGGCCCUGAGGUCUCAGACUCGUCCCUCAGCAUGAGUAGCAAAGCGGCAGAGGGACAUUCCUUGGAAGUGAGGGAUGAGGCAGCAGAGAAAGGGGGCCUGACACAAGACCCAAAGACAGGCUCCCUCCCAGAAAAAAACCCAUCUUCAAAAGCAGGAGAAUUCACUGCUGAAGACGGGGGGAAAGCAAGCAAUGAGCUACAAUCUAUCUGUCCAUGGGAAGGCAUGGCCCUGGCAGAUGCUCUCUCUGACCUGGACCGUCAGGGCUGUGACCACCCUAAAGCUGGCUCUCAGGCACCAGCCGGCGUCAGGGGCGGGCUCGCCGAGGUGUGCCCGUGGGAUGCUCCUGCCUUGGAUGCGCCGAAACGUGACGCCGGCGCCAAAGCUGAGAUCUGCCCCUGGGAGGUGACCGAAAGAGUCCGUGAUGAAGGGACGGCAAGCCAGGAUGGAAAAGGGCAACCUCAAGAGAAGGGGAGAGCCCCCGGAAGACCAGAGCCCAAAGCUGUGGCGGUUCAGAAGCCAGAGAGGGCAGAUGGGAAACGGGAGGCGGUGUGUCCCCGGGAGAGUCAGGAUUGCAGGGAGCUGUCUCCACAACCAGCCCCGCGAGCUCCUGACAGAGGCCGUUCUGAGGCAGCAGGCAGUGUGGGGGCCAAGGUGGCAGAAGUGUGUCCGUGGGAAGCAGAAGAGGCUCCAUCUGCUAAGGAAGCGGAAAUCUGCCCUUGGGAGGUGACUAAAGAGGCUGCAGAGAAAGGGGGACUGGGACAAGAGGCGGACAGAAAGUCCCAAGGGCAGAGAGAAAUGAUCCUUCAAAAGGCAGCAUCUGGAGGGACUGAAGAACACUUUUGCAAAGAAGCAGCAAAAGCCAGCGGUGAGCAGGAGACAGUCCGCCCCCGGGAAGGCACAGGUUCGGGGGCACCCUUCCCCCAGCCAGACGCUCCCAACACUGGCCAACCCACAGGCAGUCCCCAGGGAGCAAGCGGGGUGGGGAGCAGGAUGGCAGAGCUGUGUCAGUGGAAAGUCACAGACCCAGAAGGGAAUAAGAUAAAGGGCACCAUGGCAGACAUCUGUGAUUGGGAGGCAACUGGAGCCCCAUCGGAAUCUGGCCUUCUGGCUUUAACAGCAACUCAGAUAUUUUUCCCCACAGUCCCUGAGAACCCAUCAUGCCUUUUAGUCCACAGACCUCCAGGUAGCUUCCUUCCAGAAAGCAAAAGCCCCCGCCCUCAGGUGAGCAAGGCAGCCAGUACUUUCACUCUGGAAGGUGUCAGAGAGCUCCAAGGAGCCUCAGGACAUGGGCCGAGGACCAGCUCAGCCCCAGAGCCACGUCUCCAAGAAGGUGAGGCGCAGGAGUCCUCCUCCUUAACUGAAAACCAAGGAGAAGGGGCUCCUACAGCUCCAUGAGAACUCUCCUCCCCAACUGUCUAUCCUUGGGACUGCGAGUAA